GCAUUAUUAUCACCAUUGAGUACCCCGGAAGAAAUAAAUGAGGAAGUAAAGUUGGCCAUUAUAAAUGAAUGUAGUGCAGAUUUAUCAUUCACUUAAACCAAAAAUCAGCAGUGAAUGGUUUUGGAUUGUAUGUAAUGGCCACAUUAAAGAUCUUUAUUCUGGUCCUGGUCGUGUCUCUGACUGACGGAACCUAUGGUAAAGCUCCUGGUUUGAAAUCAAGAAUUACAUCAAAAGGACUCAAUUAUGCGGUUAACGUUGCUUUGGAUGCAUUAACCAAAGAUUUAACCAGUAAGCAGAUUCCAGACCAGCAUGGAAAAUCGGGGCAUGUGUCUUAUGAUGUGACAAAGAUGAGAAUCACAAAGUUUACCAAGCCUCAGAGUACUAUUUCAAUGAUCCCAAAUUCUGGAAUUUCUUGGAGAACAACUGGAAUUGGUAUUGGUCUUCAUGGCGAUUUCCAUUACAAAUACAAGCAGGGAAUAAUUAAAAUUUCUGAUCAUGGGAGUUUCGACUUAAACGCCGGUGGAAUAUCUCUCCAGAUCAGGUUGAUUAUAGGAAUGGAUUCAUCUGGCCGACCUACCAUUAGUUCCUCUUCAUGUAGCUGUUCUGUACAAUCCACGAGCAUUAAGUUUCACGGCGGGAGAGCAUGGAUAUAUAAUUUGUUUCGUGGAAAGGUUGCUAAGACUCUGAAAAGUUCUAUAGAAGGUGGAAAUGGAUUGCUCUGUAAGCAGUUAACAAAAUUGGUGAACGUCGACGGUGCAAAGAAAAUGGCCAAACUUCCAGUGGAAGUAAAAUUAGCAAAGAAGUUCCUCUUAGACUACAGCUUCCUCGCUAAACCGUCGUUUCAAACCAACUUCAUGGAAACCUUUCACAAGGGAGAAGUAGAUUGGCUUCAAGGACCGAAGAACACUCCUAUUAUUGCGCCAAAACUUCCAACAGGCACUGACACUUCAAGGAUGCUUUACAUCUGGUUGUCCGAUUUUCUGUUCAAUACGAUGUCCUACAGUGCUUUCUCUCACGAUAUGCUAAAAUACAACGUCACCGAUAAAAACAUUCCGGGAGAUGUUUUAAACACAACUUGUAAAUUGACGUGUAUUGGUAACCUUAUUCCACAGAUUGGGAAAAUGUUUCCUAAUUCUAAAGUAAUGUUAAAUCUGAGAAGUACUGCCAUGCCAAAUAUGACUGCUUCCAAUGGAACAACAAAAGUUGAGGCAGUUGGUGAUAUAAAAUUUUAUGCAAUGACGCCUACAAAUAAAGAUGUUUACUUCCUGACAUUAUCUGCCAACAUGUCAACAACAAUAUCUGUUACAGUUGAGGAUGAAAAGGUUUAUGCUAAAGUGAUCAAACUUCCAAUCAAGAUCAGAGUUAAGGAAUCAAAAAUUGGACCACUCAGUGACUCUAUGUUGAACUUCAUUGUACAGAAAAUAGUGACUGUAUUUGUGGAACCGAAGCUCAAUGAUCUUGGAAAAAAUGGCUUCCCUCUACCAAUUAUUGCUUCUGUUAAAUUUGUGAACACGCAGCUGAAAUUACAACAGAAUUCUCUACUGAUUGCAACAGACCUGAAGUACACUGGUUAGGUCGAUGCGAUAUCAUCCUCUGAAAAAAUGUCAAGAAAACGUUCACCAAGUUGUUUGUUGCACAAUUUAAUUCAUUUAAAAUUUGUAUAUAAAUCAACACAUUUCCAAUCUGUAGGACAAUUAAAAUGGCAUCCAUAUUUAGAUCAUC